CCUUACUUCCUCCACCGUGCUAAGGCAGUACAACAUGUUGAUCCACCGCCACCGCGAAUUGAGCCUCCUCCCCCGCCUCCUCUUUUCCGACGAAGACACCGACGCUAGCGCCGCUCCGAGCCCCUUCCCCUCCGCUCGCUCCUCCCCCGUCGCGCCAUUCCGCCCCGGCAUAGCUGUCAUCGUUGGCGUCCUGACCAUCAUCUUCUCACUGACCUUCCUCCUCCUCCUCUACGCCCGGCACUGCAAACGCAGCGCCGCCACCUACGGAGCUAGCCGCGGAGGGACUGCCGGCGGGUUCCCGUCUUCCUCUGCUUCCGAGCGCCGCCAUUCCGGCGUCGAGCGGGCGGUGGUGGAGUCGCUCCCAGUCUUCCGGUUCGGGGCGCUGCGGGGGCAGAAGGCGGGGUUGGAGUGUGCAGUGUGCCUCAGCCGGUUCGAGCCGGCGGAAGCGCUCCGGCUUCUACCCAAAUGUCGACAUGGUUUCCAUGUCGAAUGCGUCGAUACGUGGCUGGAUGCCCACUCCACCUGUCCUCUCUGCCGCGUCCGUGUCGACCCGGAGGACGUCCUCCUCGUUCCCCGCACGGGGCCGCUAGAGCCAGAUCCGCGCGGAGGGGUGGGCGAGAAAGUGGAGGGGAAGGGUGGUGGUAACGCGACUCUUGCGGCGCCGCAGAAUCCUUCCGGCCGUAGGAUCUCCGGGCGGCACUCAUCCGCCGGGGAACGGUCGAGCGAUCCGCUCCAGAUAGUCGUCCACCGCAACGAGCCCGCCCCGUGGAGAUGGAGGCGAUCGCUGGAUGUUCCCGCCCAAGCCCCAGCGGCCGCUUCGACGGCAAGCGCCGCGAUGCCCAAGGUUCGCAAGGACUCGCUCCUGCCGACGGAGACAGUGGAGGACAGGGAAGCGUUCGAGCGGAGGCAUAGCCACCGGAUCGUGGUUUCGGACCUGGACCGCUAUCUUGACCGAUGGAGCGACCUCCGCCCGACGGAUCUACUCUUCCUCCGUAGGGAGAUGAUCAUCACGGAUAGUGGGAGGUUCUCGGCCUCGAAGGCGGCACGCGCCCUCUCGUCCUCGGCGCACCCCGCGACAACUAGCUCCAGAUGCGCGUCAGAGAUUUCCAGGGUCCGCAGGAUGUCGAGUGGCAGGGAAGGUUCGCUGGCGGGGCGAGGCACGGCGAGGACGGAGGCCGACGAGGAACGGACGCUGAGGCGGUGGCUAGGGUUCGCGGGGGUGCGGGUGGCAAAAGCGUCGCGGUGGACGGAGCGGCGAGAGAGCGGGAACGAUGGCGAAGGACCCGAAACUGCUGUAUGAAAUGUCGAAAAUGCCCCCGCCUCCUCCGUCGCCUUGAUCCACCAUAAUGCCCCGAAGAUUACAGAUUUUGUGUGGCCAGGCGAAGCGUAGGCGAAGUAGAACCCAAGGAAAGAGCAAGCGAUGGUCACGUGAGCCACGCAUCAAAUUGCUGCAACGUUUUUAAGGAGAGAGUCACCUCGCUGGCAUCAUCGGGACUCGCGCAUCGUCUGACACCGCAGCAGCAGAAGCGGCAGCCUCCUCGCUCGCAACGACGCAUCGCAUGUAUGCCCGGGGGAGCUCACGAGGCCAUCGUGACGGGCGCGUCCUCUCAUCCGACACGUUCGUCCAUCCGACGGCUGCCGCACGGGCAACGUGGCCUUCCCCUCAUUCCAUUUAUUUUUUUACCGUUUUAACACGGGAGAUUAGUUUUCAAUUUUAAAAAAUUAAAAAUUAAAAAUUAAAAAAGCGACACAUUUACGAAGGGAAAAAUAAAUAAAUAAAUUUGGCUGGAUUCGUUCCU